AUAUAAAAAUAGGGCAAAAUCAUUUUAGAAUUGUAAAUGAUCUCAAAACAAGAAUUCAUUGCUAGAUGUAACUUUUUAUGUUUUCAAAGUUGCAUUCCACUCAUAAUUCAGCGUCUUGACAAUAAUUGGCCUGGACAAGCACAAGGGACAGUCUCUAUUAUUCUUGCAAAGCAGGGGUAGUUGUUUUGGCAAGAUUACUGCGAAAUAAAAGGCGGUGAAGUCUGUGAUUGUGUUAUGAGUUGUUCAUGUCUGCAUCUAAUCAUUUUCUUCUAGCAGAUGAUCAGCAUUAGACAUUAACCUGCACAUUUCUUUUCUUAAGCUGAGAUUUGGAGAAGGAGGUCUUAUGAGAAGGCGCCUGAAGUUAAAGAGGCAGCAAUAUUAGGGAGUAGAAUCGCGGCACAUUUCAAAGCAUUUUCUCUGCGAUAUUUGAAAACGGAGUCGUGCAGUGAAUGCCUGCGUGUCCCUUUUAAAACAAACCCAGCUCCUGUCAAUCACAGCGCAUUCCAACCAAUCCCAAAGCUCCCUUUUUAAAAGCAGGUUUGCCUGCUGUGCUUUUAUAUUGCACCAUGGCCUGUUUCGAAGCAUUUUUACUACCACGGUUAUUGCCACAAAUCAAGAGGGCAAAGUGAGCGGCAUGGGACUCACACCAACUUUAACGAAAUUGAGUCUGCUUCCUACUUCUGCGAAGUUCACGGCCAAGAAUUUCACAUACAGAUGCUAAACAACAAGGAAAAUGGGAACAGAACUUCUGGGUGUAUCCUGAGUGCUGAAUUGGUUGAUUUUGCAAACUCACAGCCAAACUCACAACAAAACAUGACAAGCCUUUCGAGGUUUAGUGGCUGCCCUCUCUCUUGCGUCAACCCCGGGGAGAGCAAUACUGAACCCAGCGUGGUGCUGCCACCUUUGGCAGGAGAGCACAUGGGACACCCCACUGGCAGUUCCUUAAAACUCUGCCCCUCGCACAAUUUGCGAGACUACCCCGAGACGAGGUCCAGUGCAUAUGUUGACCAUUCGAUUCCCAGUUUCUCAGACUCUGGAUACCCCAGCCACCGGUUAGAGCACAGCCCUAGGGGCAUUAUCAUUGGAGCCAAUCUUUCUGGAGCCGGCAUGCCACCCGUCACUGAUCAACUGGCAUCAAGAGCUAACCAACAUGGCGGGAUUGGAAGGUAUCGUGACUUUGCUGGCUGCAGAGACAACAGAAGCCAUACUUUCUUCACAAGUUAUCAGGAGCAGGCCCAUGCUUCUACCGACACUUCUCGAGACCUCGGCAGCCAGAUGAUGUUGGGUCUACCUGGCGACCUUCUCACCCGGACUCACCCUUACGGCCAAACCAUCAGCCCCAAGGGAAACAGCCAGCAAAUAGUUACACAAUUCCUGGGUCUGUACAAACCCCUGAACAUGGCGAUUCAGCGUGGAGGCGACGCGUUCCUCAGGUGCUCUAAACAAACAGUAAAGCAUGAGCUGGUGUGCAAAUGGACUGACGACCAAGAGGGGGCUGGGAAGCUGCCUUGCUCCAGAGCCUUCGGGACCAUGUAUGAACUUGUCACCCAUGUGACAGUGGAGCAUGUCGGAGGACCAGAACACUCUGAAUACGUGUGUCACUGGGAGAAUUGUGCGAGAGACAGGAAGCCUUUCAAAGCCAAAUAUAAGCUGGUAAACCACGUCAGAGUCCACACAGGGGAAAAGCCAUUUCCCUGCCCAUUUCACGGUUGCGAGAAAGUUUUUGCAAGAUCAGAGAAUCUGAAGAUCCACAAAAGGACUCAUACAGGUGAAAAACCUUUUAAAUGUGAGUUCGAGGGCUGCAACCGGAGAUUUGCGAACAGCAGCGACAGAAAGAAGCAUUCUCACGUGCACUCCAGCGAUAAACCCUACAUGUGCAAGGUCAGGGGCUGCGACAAGUGCUACACCCAUCCAAGCUCCCUGCGAAAGCAUAUGAAGCUCCACUGCAACAAGACCAACGUCACCAAAAGCGGCGACGGGCGUCCUGAUGAGGAAGGUCACGUCGCAGAGGGCAGGUCUGGAACCCAGAUCAGCCUCCCACAGCCACCCAGUUCGACUCAAGAUGUCCCCCUUUCCCCUGAGAGUCGAGACGAGUCGACCCCGAGGUCACGUUUCCAUCACACGUUUGACAGCAGUUUGGACUACUCCACACACAGGUCACAGACCCUCUUGGACCCUUUGUUGCUACAAAGAGGCAGUUACAGGUCCCAAUCCUCCCAGUAUCCCUGCGGCCAGACAGGUCACACUUUUGCCCAGAGCUCGCGGACUUUCUCCUCCACCUCUCCCUUUCAGAAAAGUAUUGUUAAUGGAUGGUACACAUGCCACAGCGGCGUGGAUUCAUUCCCACCAAAGCAGUGUAAUAACAUAUCGUCCCUCUGAGAUCCAGAUGGGGCACAUGGGCAGCUUUAAAAAAAUGUGUGUGUCCCUAUUUUCAUGUUGUAUCAUAUAACUUUCUCUGUACUUUUGUGAAUGUUGUAUCAAAUAUUUUUAAAACGUUCUCAGUCAUCCUAUGGCUUUUGUAGGUGUUGUGAGGCCUGUUUGGUUGCCUCCUGCUUGUAGCCUGUACAUCUCCAAUGCGCCACAGGAGAGGUUACAAAGUGUAUAUGCUCAGUUGUUUACCGUGUUGCGUAAUUGUUGUUGAAGACAGACAAUAUUGACAAUAUUGUUUAUAUAUAUAUAUAUCUAUAUAUAUAUACAUAUAUAUAGAUAUAUACACACACAUGCAUAUAUACAUAUAUAUGUAUGGAAAUCUUUUUCUGCCUAUUGAGUUUUGUGAGGGUAGAAGCUUUUAUUGGAAAAUGAGUAAUAAUAAUUAUAAUAAUUUUUAAAAAGAAGUCUUGCUGAAUGUAUGCCCUUACUGUAGGGAUCUUUGUUGAAUGUAAACUAGGUGUAAUGUAUGUCGGGAUGAAUAGAAAUGUUAUUCAUGACUUAUGUAUGUCGCAAGAUGAAUAAUUAUCUGGAAGAUCUUUUCUUCAGUUAAAAUUUGAGCUCUAACAAGCCUGCUUGGUGGGGCCUGGAGCAUGAUUUGACUGUAAUUAAAAUACCAGCAGGUUCGUAGUUUUUUUUUUCUUUUUUUCUUUUCUUCUUCCUCUGAUUAAGUUCAACACUCCCCCAUUUUCAUUAAAGAUUCCUACUCUUGUAUUCUUAAUAUAUGUUUAUUUCAUAUUUCUGUGCAAAGUAAGACCAAUGUGAGUGUAAACCACAGUGUUCGUGUUAAUGGUUAAUCGUUUAAUUAGAAUACAAUUUCACUGUACAUAAGCCUACUGUAUAAUUAAUUAUGUACCCUAUAUUUUAUUAAAGUGUCUAUAUUCUCUUUGA